AUCCCUAGUUUAGGAGGACCAAAACUGAAGAAAAAUGAAGUUUUUAAAUCUCUUUGGGCGAUUAAAGUCGAUAGUCAUCGGCAUGGUCCACGUUAAAGCUUUACCAGGCACUCCGUUAAGCAGAUCCACGGUUCCGGAGCUGAUUGAAGACGCCUGCCGUGAAGCUGAGAUCUACAGCGAUGCAGGAGUUGAUGGUCUGAUCAUUGAGAACAUGCAUGAUCUCCCCUACUCGCUGAGCGUAGGGCCGGAGGUGUGUAGCUGCAUGACGGCCGUGUGCUCCGCCGUGAGACGCGCCUGUCCGUCUCUGCCCCUCGGAGUGCAGAUCCUGUCCGCGGCAAACCACCAAGCGCUGGCCGUGGCGCUCGCCUCGGGUCUCGAUUUCAUUCGCGCUGAAGGCUUCGUGUUUUCGCACGUUGCCGACGAAGGCCUUCUGAACGCGUGCGCUGGCGACCUCUUGCGGUACCGCAGAGCUAUAGCAGCCGAGCACAUUCAGAUCUUCACCGACAUUAAAAAGAAGCACUGCUCCCAUGCCGUGACGUCUGACGUGAGUGUGGCAGAGACGGCGAAAGCGGCGGAGUUCUUCCUCUCGGACGGCGUCGUCCUGACGGGCACCGCGACGGGCGAGGAGGCCGAUCCGCGCGAACUCAGAGAAGUGGCUCAGACAGCAAGAAUCCCAGUUCUGAUUGGCUCUGGAGUAACCCAUGAUAACGUGGAGCACUACGUUGAUGCAAGCGCGAUGAUCAUUGGCUCCUACUUCAAGAGAGGAGGCCACUGGGCCAAUGCCGUGGAUCCAGAGAGGGUGAAAAGGUUCAUGGGAAAGAUGCAUGAGCUUAGGCUUUAGUUUGCAACCUGAGUGCAAGAUAAUAGUCUGUUUAGUGCAAAGGACAUGCGAAGUACAAGUGAACAUGUGAAAUAUAACAGAUCCAUGUCAAAUGAAAAUGUGAAUUUUGUUACCGUAAAUUCCCAAAAAUGUGGAUGCUUUGGUUUGGGUUUGUAAUCACUGCUGUUUAAGGUGCUGAAAUAAUUCAGGGAUUGCUUUGACAGACCCAGUAUCUGUGUAACAUCCACAUUCAUUUAAAACAUCUUUGUUCUGUCUUUCUUUCGUAAGAGAGGUAAACGAAUAAACAGCCAAUCAAAAUCAUACUGUAGUAUCCGCAAACUGCUUAUCUGUACUCAAAACCCAGAUUAGUGUGCAUUAGUAACAGAAGCGGAGCGAUCAGUGAUAUGAAGGAGAAGUGACCUUCAGUUCUCAUUAAUGUAAUAUAACAAG